AAUAGCAGGGCCUGCCUCACUCACUGUCUAACACACACUUUCUUAAAAUCCAAACUCUUCAGGGCUUUUUUUAACACUAAAGAUUUCCACAAAGUUUCUUUUCUAAUUAACAUAGUGAGGUUGCUCAAUUGGACACAAUCCCCUAUGUAAUUCCUCCUCUAACUACUGACCCUGGAUUUUAAUUACUGCUCCUUACUGAUGAUCGCCUGAGAAAGAGGGCAAGGAAAUCACUAAGAAUGCUCACCCUGGCAGAUUUCAUUAGGAAGGAGCCAAAGAUAGUCCAUGGAUACCCCAUACUUUAUGCCUUUUCACAUAACUGGGAGAGAAUAGAGAAGUUCCAGUGGAGGCCAGAUGACAUUGUGAUCGCCACAUAUCCCAAAUCUGGUACCACUUGGAUUAGUGAAAUUGUGGAUAUGAUUCAAAAUGAUGGUGACAUUGAAAAAUGUAGUCGAAAUGCCAUUACCGAAAAAGUUCCAAUGUUGGAAUUGUUUGUCCCAGGACUGAGGAUUACAGGCACAGAGGCAUUAGAAAAGAUGCCAUCACCCCGCCUUAUCAAGACCCAUCUGCCAAUUGAUCUCAUUCCCAAGGAUUUCUGGGGAAAAAAAUGCAAGAUAAUUUACAUGGCAAGAAAUGCCAAAGAUGUUGCAGUUUCAUAUUAUCAUUUUGACUUGAUGAAUAAAUUAGAGCCUUACCCAAACUCUUGGGCAGAGUACCUGGAGAAGUACAUGUCUGGGAAAGUGUCUUAUGGUUCCUGGUUUGCCCAUGUGAAGAGCUGGUGGAAUAUAAAGGAAAAUCAUCCUAUGCUUUAUCUGUUCUAUGAAGAUAUGAAAAAGAAUCCUAAGAAGGAAAUUGAGAAGGUGAUGCAGUUCCUGGGGAAGAACCUAGAUGAAGAAGUCUUGGAAAAGAUCAUCCAUCAUACCUCAUUUGAAAAAAUGAAAAACAAUCCCUUGCUGAAUUUUACAAAUAUAUCAAGUAAAAUGAUGGAUCACAAUGUCUCCUCUCACAUGCGGAAGGGGACUGUUGGUGACUGGAAGAAUUACUUCACGGUGGCCCAAAAUGAAGUAUUUGAUACACUGUAUGAGAAGGAAAUGGCCGGAAGCACACUAAAGUUCUGUACAGAGAUCUAAGGUCAGACCAUCACCUCUUGACUGGACAAUUGCAAUAGUCUCUUCAUGGGGAUGCUCAUCAGUUGGCUGAAUAAAUUGUGGGAUGUGAUUAUGAUAGAGUAUUAUUAUCCAAUGGGGAAUGAUGAGAGGAUGCUCAGAAAAACAACUGAAAAUUCCUGCAUGAAUCAAGCAAAGUGAAAUAUAUUGUGUACAAAGUAA